CUAUCUAUCUCUCCUUAUCUAUCAUCUACCUUUGAUUACUCUCUCUCUCAUUUACCUUGUUUUCCAGAAGGAUUAAUCAACGAACUUUCAGUCGCAACGUUGAGGAACUUCGACGAAUUGGGCGAUAAGACGAAAGACAUUGCUGUACUCAGAGAGUUUGUGAACUCCCAUUUCAAUCCUCCCGGAUCUGAGCUCGUGGAGUGGUUCCCUCGAGAUUGGGUUGACUUCCCUUCGACUUUUUUAAACAUACACGAUUACCACCAUCGACGGUGGGCGCUCCAUUUACACCGAAUUUGGAGAGAUCUUUGCAGACGGGUUCGCGAUGACGUACGUAGACAUCAGGAUCACUAUUCUCUUUUAUAUGUACCUCAUCCUUUCAUUAUACCUGGUGGACGGUUCAGAGAAUUCUAUUACUGGGAUUCGUUUUGGAUAUUGAAAGGCCUUAUUUUCUCAGAAAUGUACGAAACAGCGAGAGGAAUCAUUAA